CAACAACAACAACAUUUUUAGUAAGCGGGAAUUGAAUGUAACAAGUUUGAUUUUAUUAGGCAAUUAGAAUCUGUAGUUUUUAAUCAGAAUUGUACAGCUAUUACUACUUUACAGUAAUGAAUCGGAAUUUCUGUUCAGUAGGCCUACAGUAUCAAGAUAUCAGAGUAAGAAAUAUCUAAAUAUGAUAUUUGGUGUGGAAUUGUUAUCAGAUGGCAGAGAGCACUUGUAGUUAAACAGCCAUGGCAACUCUGAGAACACGGAUUGGUUCUGUGAAGGUUUUUCUGCUGUCUGGAGUCGGUGACAGCGUAAGGAAAGGCCUUGCUAGAAAAAUACACUUACUUGGUGGAAAGUACUUUGAUUUAGAGGACUUCAAGGCCAUGUGUACUCACGUUGUAUGUGGCAGACUGUCACGUAGUGAGAAGUUCCUCGGAGCAUGUGCCACAGGGACGUGGGUGUUACACCCAGACUAUGUGCAGGACUCGUACCUAGCUGGCAGCUGGCUGGAUGAGGAACAAUACGAAUGGUGUGAUGACCAUAUAACACAGAAAUAUCAAGUUGACAUGUCCCUUGCGCUGGCAGCCAGGCGUUGGAGGUUUCUGUUGGGUGACGUGUCUGCAGCAUUUACUGGUUGGAAAGUGGCUGUGAUAGCAGGUGCUAAAAAAUCAAAGGUUAUCAAAAGGUUGUUGAUAUCUGGAGGAGCUGAAGUGUUUAAUCUUAGAAUACCAGUACGGAACCCUGGGAAGGUGGCUGACACUAUUGGAUAUAUUUUUGUCAGUGAAAAUAACAUGAAGUCUGUCAUACAUCUUAUUGACUAUGGUGUUUUGUGUAUCAAACCAGAAUUCAUUGGAGAUUUUCUAAUCAAAGAUCCCCAGCCAGAUCCUAUGGACUACCUUGUUCAUGUGGACAGUAUGGAGGAGUUACCGUCAAGUCAAGCAGCAGAGCCGUUAAGUCAAGAUUCAUUCCUCAUGGACUCCCAGAGAUCAGUGUACCUCUCCCCUCAAAAAGCAGGGCCAUCAAGUACAUCUGACUUUACACCUGUUUCCUCAGGACCUUCUUCACCAAUGUCUGUGAGUACUCCAUGUAGCAGUCUAGCUUCAGAUCAGGAAAGGUCAAAAACAUCUACAUCAGUAUUGGAUCAAUUACCUGCUCAUCCUGUACAGUCUCAGAGGUCAUUCUCUAAGGAGACACCAGUAUCAAAGUUAGUUAAUGAUAUUACUGAUAAAGUUGUGAAUGUAGAACAACCAGGUCUAUCACAUUCAAAUGAUGUAAAAACUGAAUCCCCUGGACCUGAUGCUGCAGCAAAAACUGUGACUAUUGAUCUUCCACAUGAGGAAUUCAUUGAUUUAACUGACAGUUCUGAUGAAACUAUUGAAUUAAUUAGCAUUGACCCGAUUGAUACAGAAAAAACACAGAAGUUAGAACCAGCUGAAAGUUCAAAUAAAGGUAAAAUCAGAAAAUUAAAAAGAAACUUUGUGAAAAAAUCUCCAGCUUGGAAAAGCUUGAUUCCUGGAACUAGGACAGCGGUUCAACCUGAGGUAAAAAUUGAAGAGGAAGUAACUGCUGACAAAAGUUUAAACAGUGUUAGGAACAUUUGUCCUAGUGUGAAGCCUGUGUCAUCAGUUAAACGGAACUUGUUGGACAGUAUGAGUGCAGAAUUAACUGUUACAAGUACACCAGCUAAAACACCAAUCACCAAGAAACGCUUUCUGCAAGCAAGUCUGAAUAUGUCUCCUAUAACCAAAUUCUUCAAACGUAUUGAACCUGUCAAAAAGGAACAAGAUGACCGCAUGAACAAAUCUGAUACCAUAUGCAGUCCAGCCUCGACAUCAUCAAAAGUAACUAAAUCUACUCCGCUGAAUAAAUCUGAAAUUUUAAAUCAGUUAGCUAGUACAGUGAACAAAAAAUCAAGUUUUGCUGAGGAGGAAAGGAAUAUGAAAAGGAAGACAGCUCAAGGAGAUAAAAAGGGCUCAGAAAGUUCAGGAGAAAACAGUGUAGACCAGUCUGGAAAUAAACAUAUUGAGAACAAAGUGGACCAGACUGGACAAAAAGAAAAUGAGAACAAAUUGGAUCAGUUUAAGAAUAAACAACAGUUGAACAAAAUGGAGAAGUCAAAAAAUAAGAAAAAUGAGAAGGGAAUGAAAACGUCCACCUUAAAACAGAACCUAUCUGUAGACAGUAAAGGUGACAGGAAAAGAAAAUCAGCAGAUACUGGAGAAGUUGAUGCUUUAAUUAGUGGACCAUCUGACAGGAAAAGAGUCACGAGAUCAACUCCAACUAAAAAUGAAGAAAAUCUGUUGAUAAGAAGUCCAGAGAAAUCUCCUAACAUACAUGACUUUACUACCAUACUAGUAUCACCUUCAAAGAGAAAGCAGACUAUAACAGAAAAGCAACCAGGAUCUGUACAAAUGGCUACAACAACAGAUAUGGAGAGUACAAGUUACAGUGGAAUGACAGUGGAGAACAGUUGUACAGCCAGUGGUCGGAAGAGAAAACCUGAUAAUGAUUCUUUACUUACACAAGUGUUAACAGAUAUCAAAAGAAGAAAGAUGGGCAUUUGCGAGUGGUGUGCUUCUGUGUUCAUAGUAAAUCUGAGAGAAAGAGAGGAUGUUCCUGAGUCUGUGUUUAUGCCAACUACAGCAACAGAAAUAUUCCUUGCUACUCUAGAGGAUGGCUUUACCUUUGAAGCUUUGGAAUAUUUGGGGUCACAGGUCACCUUCAAGUACUACCCUCAGUCCAGGGUUAUCAGUGAACUGAUGAGAAAUGUGCUACUGACCACCGAGGAAGAAAUUAUUGCAAACAUGUCAUACAACAUUCUGUCACGUAUGUUGAUGUUACAUCCACCAAUCACAGCAUCUCUACAGGAAGUGUACCUGCGGGCUCUGGCAGGGUGUAAAGUUGGGGAAGACUGGCAGGUGGGGGCAGAGUGGAAUUUUAUUAAACAGUGCUUCAGUAAUAUAUUAAUGAGUGAUGAUGCUAUUGUUAGAAGAAAUAAUAGACUGCUUUUCAAGUUUAUUCUACAGUUGUUACAGUUCAACAUCCAGCAUUUCCAAAGUACUGCUACUUCUCAAGAAGACUAUGAUACCAGACACAUACUGCUACGUAUAAUAUGGAGUCCAUCCUACCACAUUGUGUUCAACAAAAGAUGUGGUGCUUUGGUAGAUGUGAUGUCAGAUAUUAUACUGUCUUACCAAACAAAACACUGUGAUACAGAGAAAAAACAUUUGAUGGAGGUGUUGGAGGGGCUUUUAUGGAUGAUAGCCAUGGUAUCCGAGUGUUGUAGAGUUCUUGAGUGUGCAAAUACUGAUACAAUGAAAUCAUCACAAGCAGUCCAAACAUCUGCAUUCAUCCAUGAAAUAUCCAGAAAACUAACAGAUUUAGAUGUUAGAGAGCCUGUACUACUGGAGCAUAUAUUUGAGGGAUUACGGCUGCCCUGGUUGAGAGUCAGAGUGUGUCAACAACUUCUGCACAUGUAUGACGACUUUCUCCUCACAGAGGAGUACCUUCAAGAUGCCGGACAACUCACACUGCUGCUCAUUGUGACCAAAUAUUUCUACCUGUUGCCAAGGUUUGAUGUGCUACCAAGAACACCAGGUCCUGGCUGUCAUUCACCAGCUAAAACUAGACCAAAACAGAUGAAUAAAGUACAUACUACACCUACAGUGACAAAUUGUUUGACUGAGAAUACUGAUAUAAACAAGGAGAACAUUGACAGGAUUACACUAAAAGCCAAUAAAAAGAACCAUAAAGGAGAGACACCACUUCAUGUGGCGUGUAUCAGAAAUGAUGUUGCAGCUGUGAAAAAACUUCUGAAGGUUCCUGGUAUUAAUGUGAAUGCUACUGACAAUGUUGGCUGGACACCACUACAUGAGGCCAGUAACCAUGGCAACACUGAAUGUGUAAGGGAGCUGCUCAAGUUUAUACCAUCUAAAACAAUGGAUAUCUUCUUUACUAAUGGUAGUACACAGUGUAAGAAGGUAGAUCUGUUGGCUGCCAAUUACGAGGGUAUUACACCACUCCAUGAUGCUGUCCUCAAUAACAAGCCAGAUGUUUGUCAUAUCUUACUCCAACAUGGCGGCCCGAAACUCCUUGAGGCUCAAACUUGCUUCAGCUACACACCCCUUGACUUAGCAGAAACACCUGACAUGGUCACCCUGUUGUCUUCAUAUACUCGUGUCAGAAGAAAACAUAGUGAUAGCCAAACACUGACUGGCUCACAAGAAUCAACUGGUUCAGCAGACAACAAUAUACCGUGUGUUCCCAGUGAUGUACUAUACCAGGAAGUAAUAUAUGCAGAUGGAGAGCGUGUUUAUGCAAACAUAAAAUCUACUACACAUUAUAUACAGCUUGUUACAAUACUCAUCAAGCAUUACAUCUCACUGAGAAACUUACACGACAUAUGUCGGUGUAUGUCAGAUAAACUGCAGUUACAUGAUGUUAAUGUUGUGCAUAAUGAGCAAAAUGUUCACAGUUGCAGAGAUGAUCAAAAUCACAAUAAUGAGAGACCCGGUGUUCGAGCGAGUUCCACUUGUCAAAAUAACCACAGUGGUACUGGUUCACUUAUUCAUACAGAGGACUCUUUCCAUCGUACGCUGGAGAAGAAUAAGUCAGCAUCGAGUUAUGACAGAUGGAUGAGCAGGGAAACACGUGAUGUGACAACAGAGCCUACUGUUAACAGCGAAGAAGUGACAGACAUAAAGAAUGACUUGAAAGUUUUGAAAAAAAUUCCGCAUUAUCUCAGUUUGUUUAGGACUCAUUUGAUGAAGAUAUGUCGGCCUGAAGAUGCCCAGUUAGUUAAACAAGAACUGCAAGAGUUGUCUUUUGCAACUGAAUGCUUGCUGUAUUGAAUAGUGAUAAGCCCAUAAACAAAUAUAUCAAUA